AUGACUACGGAAAGAAGCAAGGCAUGGUCAUGGACGAAUGAUGUGCUGCCCUUAGUGUUUAUGUUAUUAAUAACAUGCCUGGAUAUGACGGUAAUGACUAUCGUGAAAGCAGCCAUGAAUGAUGGUAUGAAAAGUAUUGUCUAUAUUGUCUACCAUAAUGCUCUUGGCACAUUAAUCCUACUUCCAUUUUUCGUCAUUCAUAUAUUCAGAAACGGUGGGGUUCCUCCGCUUACUUUCCAUAUUGUUUUUAGGUUCUUCAUCCUUGGACUUUUAGGGCUGUGUGGUUUUCAGAUACUACUAUACGUAGGUGUAAACUACAGCUCUCCAACCUUGGCAAGUGCUAUAACAAACUUGCUUCCAGGAAUCACAUUCUUGCUUGCAGUCAUUUUCAGGAUGGAGAAAAUAGACAUAAGAAGUUCAAGUACUCGAGCAAAAUUAUUGGGUACCGUAAUAGCAAUAUCAGGAGCAAUGGUGUUCACGAUCUAUAGAGGCCCGGAAAUAAUUCACAUGAACCCUUCUCCUGAUUCACCCAAUCAGAUUCUUUUGUCACAUCCAUCAACCUGGGUCUUUGGAGGUCUGAUUGUUCUUAUCGCCGUUGUUCUUGGCUCCAUAUGGAAUAUCUUACAAUCAACAACAGUUAAAGAGUACCAGGAUCAACCCACUAUUGUAUUUUUUUACUGCCUCUUUGGGACUAUAAGUUGUAUAGCUCUGUCACUUUUCUUAAAACAUGAUCCAAGCGCUUGGGUCGUACAACCCGGAAUUCAGAUGAUUGCUAUUGUUUGUGGGGCGGUAUUUUCUACUGCAUUUAGAAGUACAGCUGCUACUUGGUGCUUGCAGAAGAAAGGUCCAGUUUUUGUGAGCAUGUUCACACCCCUCUCGAUAGUUAUCGCAGUCAUCAUGGGUGUCACAUUUCUUGGUGAUUCACUUCUUUUAGGAAGUGCCAUUGGAGCUGCAAUAGUUGCUGUUGGAUUUUAUACUGUGCUAUGGGGGCAGGCCAAAGAGAAGAGCACGUUACUGAUGGUUAUGGAGCGCGAUACGGAUGUUGCUGAUGAACCUGGAUCACUGAACCAUAGUGUCCCUCUCCUAUCAUCCGUAAAUGAAUGA